AUGCCACACGUGCGUCGGGCGCUCGUGACGCCGCUGCGCAUCGUCUUGGAACCGCCGCAGGUCGACGCUUCGAACCGCAUCUUGCGCCAGUACGCUCAGCACAUCGAUCGGUUCCUCCGCGUGAGCUUUGUCGACGAGCACUUUGGCCCACUCUACGGCGCCAAGAGUCCUCGGGUCCUUGAGCGCAUAUCGUCCAUCGUCCAUAAUGGUCUUGUCGUCGCCGGCGAAAAGUACGUCUUUCUUGGGUACUCAAACUCGCAACUGCGCACGCACAGCUGCUGGUUUUACUGUGAUCCACCGAGAGGGACUACUGGCGUGCCGACGGCCGCGUCGAUCUACGCCGAUGUCGGGCAACUGGACGCGAUUCCGUCGGGCAGCAAGCGCGGCGCCCGGCUCGGUCAAGUGUUUAGCUCGACGACGCCGACCGUCCGGAUGCGACGGUACGAGUGGGGUCGCUGCCCCGACAUUACACGGAACGGGCACAUCUUCUCCGACGGCAUCGGCGCCAUCUCGUCCUACGUCGCGGCGGACAUGGCCGACGACCUCGGGCUCGAGUACGUCCCGUCGGCGUAUCAAAUUCGGUACGCUCCGUGACUCAAUGCGCAAGUUUGAAUCGAACCACGAAGAGGUGGAGGUCUGCAGCAUACCGCAAGCGCUACCAGCGUACCUCAACCGCCAGCU